GGAGCGAGGGACCGAGAGAACGAGAGAGAGAGAGAGAGAGAGAGGGAGAGAGUUCCGUUUGUUAACUUUGCCUACAGGAAUCGCUCGACGCUUCGAACCGACCAACGAAUCAUCCGAAGAGAAGAGACGAGAAGAAAGGAGAGGAUUGCGAUCGGAUUUCGCUGUGGAGGUAUGGCGUCGGACGACCCCUUGGACAACGGCAUCGACGGGGACGACGAGAGGAAGGAAGACGACGACGCCGAGGAAGAGCCGAGGCUCAAGUAUCAGAGGCUGGUAGGCAGCGUGCCCUCCCUCCUCUCCAAUGGCGCCGUGGCCUCCAUCGCCGUCGCCGAGCGUAUGAUCGCUCUCGGCACCCAUGACGGCACCGUCCAUAUCCUCGAUUUCCAGGGCAAUCAGGGCCUUGUUGGUCUGUGUUUUCUGCAAUACAUGGUUCAUCGCCCUGAAGCAUCAGCACCUGUGGGUGUGUCCAAGAGGGGCCCAGGUGGCCAUAGGUGGUUGAGCAAGGUAGUUCAGAAGUAGAAAGGUGGAAGCUCUUUGAAGGUUACCCUGCCAAAUAUAUCAUUUAAAAGAUCCUAGUACCGUACCGUAUCGAGCGAAUGUAAAAACUCAGGUACGAUAUUUCACUCCUUGGAUCCUAGUCUUUAUAUUCUGUUUUUUCUUUUGCUUUUUCAAGAAAAAUAUAAUAUUGGACUAGACUAGUGAAUACAAAAAGUUUGGAUGUAUAAAAGAGUCCCAAUAUAUUGUUAAUAAUCCUUAGCUUUUUAUAAAAAAUCUCUUGUGCCUGCAUAUGCAACCGAAUGUAAUCAAGGUGCUAUACAAUCUCUUGAUAGUAGGUAUUGACGUAUUGCCACCUGUGACAUUAUUUAGUGUAGUGGUUUGAUGCCACCAAGAAGUUACUAUCAGAUUAAUUAAUAAUAAAAUAGACCUCUAUAUUUUCAAAUAGUAAGUAAUGUUUCACACACAACUAUUGUAGGGCUUUUGUACUUCAGAAUUUACAAGCUUCAUAUGUUGUUGCUCCUGCAUUAUCCACAUAUGGAUAUGGUUUAGAUACAUCAAACUUAAUAAGAUAAAAUUCCAAAAGUCAUGGAUUAUAUGACCAAGCUUGACUAAAUAUUUAUGAGUAGGAUAAUUUUAUUAUUCAUUAAUGGUUAUUAGCAUAUUAUCUAAUCAUUCGUCCAUCUCUAUUAUAUACAAGUAAUAUUCAAGCAAAGCAAAGUUCCUUCAAGAAGUUUUCCUUAAGUAUCAUAUAAUUAGUUGAUUUUUUAAUAUUUUUCUAUAAAUGGAUUCUUUGUGCAAUUACUGUAUGUGUUGUAUCCCACACAUCCAGUCUGGUGCGACGAUAAAUUUGGCACAUCCAUAAUUUGUAGCUGUUCACUCUUGCUAAUUCUUACAAGUACUUUUUAAUCAAACAUGAUAAAACUUGAAUUGUUUCCUUUUUCACCUAAGACCUAGACAUAAUGCUUGGCUUUUUCUUAAACUUAAUUUGAACAUGUAUAUGUUAAUCAAGUCGCUUGUAAGAGCAAAAGAUUUCUUAUCAAACUAUGUGAAUUGAGUUUUCCUUA